GGCGGCGGGCAGCGGCCCGGGCUGGGGGCGCUGAGGCGGAGGAGGGGCGGGUGUGAGCCGCGGGACCCGCGCGCAGCGCCGCAGCCACUCAGCUAGCGUCCGCGCCGGGGGCAGUCGCGAUGGCCGUGCGCUCCCGCCGCCCGUGGAUGAGCGUGGCACUGGGGCUGGUGCUGGGCUUCACCGCCGCGUCCUGGCUCAUCGCCCCCAGAGUGGCCGAGCUGAGCGAGAGGAAGAGACGCGGCUCCAGCCUCUGCUCCUACUACGGCCGCUCGGCCGCUGGCCCCGGCGCUGGCGCGCAGCGGCCGCUCCCCCAACCUCAGCCCCGGCCGCGGCUGGAGCAGUCGCCGCCCCCCGCGCGCCAGGAGCUUCAGGGGCCGCCGCUGCCAGAGGCAGCGCCUGGAGCAACCAGUUUUCGGAGCAGCCCGUGGCAACAGCCACCUCCGCUGCAGCAGCGGCGGCGAGGACGAGAGCCCGAAGGCGCAACGGGGCUGCCAGGCGCCCCCGGGGCCGAAGGGGAACCCGAGGAGGAGGACGGGGGCGCGGCUGGGCAGCGGAGAAGCGGCCGGCCGGGGAGUAGCCACAACGGCAGCGGGGACGGGGGCGCUGCCGCCCCGAGCUCCCGACCCCGCGAUUUCCUGUAUGUGGGAGUGAUGACCGCGCAGAAGUACCUGGGCAGCCGCGCGCUAGCGGCGCAGCGGACCUGGGCGCGCUUCAUCCCCGGCCGCGUGGAGUUUUUUUCCAGUGAGCAGCCCCCCAACGCCGGAAUGAGCCAGCCCCCGCCACCCCUGCCUGUCAUCGCGCUACCGGGGGUGGACGACUCCUACCCUCCCCAGAAAAAGUCCUUCAUGAUGAUCAAGUACAUGCACGACCACUACCUGGACAAGUAUGAGUGGUUUAUGCGCGCCGACGACGAUGUCUACAUCAAAGGUGAUAAGUUAGAAGAGUUUCUUCGAUCACUCAAUAGCAGCAAGCCUCUCUACCUGGGCCAGACUGGCCUGGGGAACAUUGAAGAACUUGGAAAAUUGGGGCUGGAGCCUGGAGAGAACUUCUGUAUGGGAGGACCUGGCAUGAUCUUCAGUCGAGAGGUUCUCAGGAGGAUGGUGCCACAUAUUGGUGAAUGCCUCAGAGAAAUGUACACAACUCAUGAGGACGUGGAAGUAGGACGAUGUGUUCGACGCUUUGGUGGAACUCAGUGCGUCUGGUCUUAUGAGAUGCAACAACUGUUCCAUGAAAAUUACGAACAUAAUCGGAAGGGUUAUAUCCAGGACCUUCACAACAGCAAAAUCCAUGCAGCCAUAACACUGCAUCCCAACAAAAGGCCUGCCUACCAAUACAGGCUUCACAAUUACAUGCUCAGCCGCAAAAUUUCUGAACUUCGCUACCGCACCAUCCAGCUCCACCGGGAGAGUGCUCUGAUGAGCAAGCUCAGUAACAGUGAAGUGAGUAAAGAGGACCAGCAGCUGGGAGUGAUGCCUUCUUUCAACCACUUCCAGCCUCAGGAGAGAGAUGAAGUGAUAGAAUGGGAGUUCCUGACAGGGAAGCUCCUUUACUCAGCAUCUGAGAACCAGCCUCCUCGACAGAGCAUCAACAGCAUCCUAAGAACAGCACUGGAUGACACAGUCCUACAGGUGAUGGAGAUGAUCAAUGAAAAUGCCAAGAGUAGGGGACGGCUCAUUGACUUCAAGGAAAUUCAGUAUGGCUACCGCAGGGUUGAUCCCUUGCAUGGGGUGGAGUACAUUUUGGAUUUACUCCUCUUAUAUAAAAGACACAAGGGGAGGAAACUGACUGUGCCAGUGAGACGUCAUGCCUAUCUUCAGCAGUUGUUCAGCAAGCCUUUCUUUAGAGAAACUGAAGAGCUAGAUGUCAACAGGCUUGUUGAGAGCAUUAACAGUGACACUCAGUCGUUCUCCUUUAUAUCUAAUUCUUUAAAGAUACUAUCUUCUUUUCAAGGUGCCAAAGACAUGGGAGGGCACAAUGAAAAGAAAAUACACAUUCUUGUUCCUCUCAUUGGAAGGUAUGACAUUUUCUUGCGAUUCAUGGACAACUUUGAAAAAACUUGUCUUAUUCCAAAGCAGAAUGUAAAGCUGGUCAUCACCCUUUUCAGUAGGGAUUCUGGCCAAGAUUCCAACAAGCAUAUUGAGCUGAUAAAGGAAUAUCAGAAUAAGUACCCUAAAGCAGAAAUGACCCUGAUCCCAAUGAAGGGGGAAUUUUCCAGAGGUCUUGGUCUUGAAAUGGCUUCUUCCCAGUUUGACAAUGAUACUUUGCUGCUAUUUUGUGAUGUUGACUUGAUCUUCAGAGGAGACUUUCUCCAACGAUGUAGAGACAAUACAAUUCAGGGACAACAGGUGUACUACCCCAUCAUCUUUAGCCAGUAUGACCCAAAGGUAACCAAUGGGGGAAAUCCUCCCACUGAUGAUGACUUUGUCUUCUCAAAGAAGACUGGAUUUUGGAGAGACUAUGGCUAUGGAAUUACCUGUAUUUAUAAAAGUGAUCUGCUGGGUGCAGGUGGAUUUGAUACCUCAAUACAAGGCUGGGGACUGGAAGAUGUAGAUCUCUACAAUAAAGUCAUUCUAUCUGGCUUAAGGCCCUUCAGAAGCCAAGAAGUAGGAGUGGUGCAUAUUUUCCAUCCAGUCCAUUGUGACCCUAACUUGGACCCUAAGCAGUAUAAGAUGUGUUUAGGAUCCAAGGCAAGUACUUUUGCCUCAACCAUGCAACUGGCUGAACUCUGGUUGGAAAAACAUUUGGGUGUCAGGUAUAAUCGAACUCUCUCCUGACAGUCCAGGCAACACAUAUUGCCUUUUUAAAGGGGAGUUUACCUCAUUGUUGGUUGUUGUUAUUUUUAUUUUAUUAUUGUUAUUUUUAUUAUUAUAAUUAUUAUUGUUAUAAUUUUAUUUUGUUAUCCUGGUCUUAAACUACUCUUGGUUAUCUUCCAAAGAGUGUUUGUUGACCUCAAGCAAGAAGAGUCUGCAGUUCACUGAUAUUUCAGAUUUCUACUGAAGUCAAUUAUGUAUUACUUUUAUAUAUCUUUAUUCGAGAUUGAGUUAAAUCGUGGCAAUCAAAUGACUUUUGAAGCUCAUUCAUCGUGAGAGACAGCUUAGAAGAAUGUUCUCUUGGGGCUUAAAGAUGCAAUAUUGACUUUUAUUUCGUUUGUUAAAUUCAAUGUGAUACAAAUAUUUACUGGUGAAAGGUACCACAAAAGUGCUUUAUGCUUCCUAUGGGGAAGGGACUCUGUAACAUAAACUUGAGUUUUGUAAUUUAUACAAGGACUUAAAAAUAUAGACAAUAAUUUUCUUCAUCUUUAGAAUUUUUAAAGUAAAUGAACACUUAUGAUUGUAUGUUUAUUUUUUAAAAAAAGUUUUAAAAAUUGAGGAGUUUUGUUCCACAAGCAACCGGUACGGGCUACCCUGGUCUUCUGACAAUUAUGUACUCCUCACAAGUGUCUGCUAUAAAUGCGAAUGAACUUUAUUUUCUCAAGGAAAUAUGAUUUAAUUAAAUAUUCAUGUACAUUUUAGAAGCUUUAUGAAACGAUGUCCUUCAUUUGCUGGCAAGAAGAUAAACUAUGACAGAACCUGGUUAUUUAUAAUAAAACACAGGUAUAACAGUAGUCUUUUUCAAAAACA